AUGGUAAAGACAGUAUUCGGAGGCGGCGCCUUCACGAGGCAAGGUGCCCUAGGCAGCUUCCAGACGCCCGAGCAGAUCGCCGAGGCUAUGGAUGCUCUGCUUGCAGCAGGCGUCACCACAAUUGACACAGCGCGCAUAUAUCCUGGAUCAGAAGAGCAGAUUGGCAAGCAAGAGAAGCGUACGCAGUUCACCAUUGACACAAAAGUCCCCGGUGGCUUCGCACCUGGCACAGCGCACAAGGACAUCAUCGUCGCGCACGCAAAGGAGGCCCUUGAGAAGGUGAACAUCAAGCAGUUCGACAUCCUAUACAUCCACUCUCCCGAUUCAAACAUCCCUCUCGACGACACCCUGGCCGGUAUCAACGAAGCCCACAAGCUGGGCAUCUUCAAGCGCUUCGGCCUCUCCAACUACGCACCGCAAGACGUCCAGCGCGUCCACGACCUCGCCAAGGAGAAGGGCUACCCGCUCCCUGAAGUCUAUGAGGGCAAUUACAACCCCGUCGCGCGGCACUUGGAGAAGGAUCUCUUCCCUCUUUUGCGCAAGCUCAACAUGGUCUUCUACGCCUACUCACCGCUCGCGGGCGGUUUCCUGACCAAGACUGCUGCUGAUCUUGAUGCGGGUGCUGGCCGCUUUAGCAAGGAAGCGCUGGGCGGGAUGUACAGCGGGAUGUACGACAAGCCGUCUCUGCGCGAGGGCCUCAAAACGUGGGACCAGAUUGCCGAGAAGGAGGGCGUGAACAAGGCAGAGUUGGCGUAUAGGUGGGUUGCGCAUCACUCUGCGCUGACAGAAGAAGGUGAUGGUGUUAUCUUUGGUGCGAGCAAGCUCAGCCAGAUUGAACAGACUGCAGGAGGUAUUAAGAAGGGAAAGUUGAGUGCGGAGGCGUUGAAGAGCAUCGAUCAAUUGUGGGAGAGCGUUAAGGCUGAAGCUCCGGUGGACAACUUCAUGUGGUCGCAGGGUGGCAAGGCCUAG